GGACUGGGAAUGGCAUCAGUCACCUUUGGUAACUACAAUCAGUCAAACCAACUCCCAGCAGCCUCCAGCUCCAACUCCGAACUUCAAGAUGAAAUCCUUCGUGUGCAUCGCCCUCAUCGCCUUCGCCGCCGCCGCCCUGGCUUCCCCCACCAACGUGGCUUCGUCCAGCGCCACCACCGGAGCCACCGGAGUGAACACCCAGACCUCCGAGCUGGAGGGCCAGGGCUUCGGUGACCUGACCCGUCUCCGCAAGUCCGCCUAUGGCGGCAGCUCCGGCGGCUAUGGCGGCUCCAGCGUCCCAGCUCCUCCCUGCCCCAAGAACUACCUGUUCAGCUGCCAGCCCAACCUCGCCCCAGUGCCGUGCAGCGCUCCCGCUCCCAGCUACGGAUCCGCCGGUGCCUACUCCUCCCCGGUGGCCUCGUACAUCGCCCCCACCUACGGCGUGCCCCAGCAGCAGCUCUACAGCGCCGCCUACGUUCCCCAGAACUUUGGCUACCAGUACUAAGUAUCGGCCCGCCACAGCUACCACAGCCUGAUCCCCGGACCAUGAACUCCACUGUUGAGAUAUAAAAAAAUUUAUGGAUAAAAAAUUGUAUAAAAAAUAUUUAUUGCAAAUUAAAAUACAAAAAAAUUACCCUAUAAA